GAGGGCUUGCAGCAGGAUACCAUGACUCGGGAGCUGCCAACAGGACCCAGUGCAAGAGAGCUGCUAAAAACCUCUGCUGUGGACUCCCUGCCAGCUACAGACAGAUGAGACUCUGUGCUCUUAGCAUGUGCCACUUCCUGCCAUCCUGCCAUGCUGCCAUCAUCUCCCUGCUGCUGAUCCUGAUGGCUUCCCCCUACUGGAGCAAUGAGGCCGUGAGGCCUGGAUGCCAUCUGCACUCAUUUGAUGUUACCAUCAAGAGUGACCGCCGUGGGACCUGCCGGGGGACCCAUGUGGUCCAGGCCUGUGUGGGCUACUGCGAGUCCAGCGCCUUCCCCUCCAAGUACUCCAUCCUGCUGGCCAGCAGCUUCAGACACAAUGUCACCUCCGUGUCCCAGUGCUGCACCAUCAGCAAGAUGCAGAAGAUCAAAGUCCGCCUGCACUGCGGGGUCACCCGCCGCAAAGAGAUGGAGAUCUUCACCGCCAGGAGCUGCCAGUGCGACAUGUGCCGCCUCUCCCGCUACUGACUGGGCCAGGGAGGCCCUCUCCUGCGACACCCAGGAACCCACAGGCUGGGCUUGUCUAGAGUUGAGUAUAUUUACGUGUCCUCCGGGGCCACUGCAGUCCACACCACGCUUGCUUUGCCACUCGCGGGGCACCACUGUUGCUCCCAGCUUUACCAAGAGCUUCUGUUUGCCAGCUUGCUGCUGUAGGUUUAUGUUUGCAAACAGAUCCCAUUCCAGCAGAUACGCCCCCACCAGGAAGAAACCAGAGAGCCAGGCUCCCCCACCAGGCUGCUCUCUGUAGGCUGGGCCAAGUUAGAGAAAGUCAUGGGCUCCUCUCCCCUCUGCCGUGCUGCCAAGAAGCCAAUGCCUGAUCUCAGGUUAAUAUAUCCGGCUAGAGCACAAAAUAUGUUCCUUCCUGACCCCAGCAAAGAGAUCAGCUCCUGCUGUGGUGCCUGAGAUGACUGUUGCUCUCAGGGAAGAUCCCUGCAUGAGUAAGACCUGCCUGAAUCCUGACCCAGUAACAAACAGAACCUGCUAAGGCCCCUUUACUUACCAAGAAGACAAUCCGAGCACAGACCCUGAACCUAGGCCUCCUAGAGAGCCUGUGAAAGGAGGGUA